GAGACGCGGACUGGAUUUGUAUUUGUAUUUUGCUGUAAUUGGCGAUUGCAUUUUGUGCAUAUUCUGCCGAAAUUUACAGUUAAAUCGAACGACGCCAAGAAAAUGGCGGAUCAUAAGUACAAGCUGUUCAGUACGGUCGACCCCAGCAAAGUAAAUGUGCCCUUCAACAAAAAAUUCGCUAAACUGACGCUAUCCUCCCACAAGAAAAAGCAACCGCCAGGGCAGGACGCCAAGGAAUCAGACCCCAAGCCUGAAGAAAUUGUAGUAAGUGAGAAUCCCCUGCUGCUCAGCAGCUCCAGCAGCGAUCCCAUUGCCAUGGGACAGAGACAAACUCCCAAAGAUGACGCCGAGGAGGCGCACUUCGACAUUGAAGGCUCCGAAUAUAUGGAUGCUCUGCAGUUGAGUGGCGAUGGCUGCACUCAGCCCCGCCGCAGUCAGACACCGGUGGAUGUGGAGGCUCUAGCCACACAGGUCACCAACUUGACAAUGGAGCCCAAGCUGCCCUAUCCGGAGAUAUCCAUUUGCAUCUCAUCUACGACAGAGGAGGGCGCAGACGGUGACGAUGACGAUGACGACAGUGAUGCCUCUUGCAUUACAAUAUCAGACUCCAGCGAUGACGAGGCCCCACCACCCGAGAGCAUGGCCGUGAGUGAUCGUAUGCCGGCCACUGACCCAGGAAAGGAGCCCAUCCCAGUACCCAUUUUGACCAACGACCAGGUGCAGCGCAUUGAGGCCUUUCUGCGCGACGUCUCAAUCGAACGUCGCGGGAUGGGGGAUAACGGGUUUCCGAUGACACCAUCGCCCCUGUCCUCCGCCAAGCGGCUAUCCCGGCUGGCCGAUGCUGACACAGAGUCCAUGGCCACAACCGACGAGGACUGGAUGCCAUCCAGACCGAUAGACAGCAGCAAGCGGCUGGCGCAAAACGAAACAGAAGUGGCCACCUUUUCCUCUGGGGACUUGGCCGGCCUGGACAGCAGCAAGAGGCUGGCGGAUAACGACACAGAGGUGAACACUCUCAGCUCAGAGGAUGCGGCAUGCUUGGACAGCAGCAGGCGGCUGGCGGAUGACGACACCGAAGUGAACACUCUUUGCUCCCGAGAUGUGUCGGACGCAUCCGGCCGCCAGGACUCGACGCUCAACGAAGACGAACCGAUUCCCGAUGAAUCGAUCGAGAUCCCAGAGACAUGCAGCGAGGGCGAAACAACGCCGCCCAGACCAAGCUCCUCCUCGUCCUCCACAUCGUCUGGCGAAGAGGCACCGGCCAUUCAAGUGAGCAGCAUCAAUAUCUCGGCCAAGAUAAACAUAAAAAUACAUAUACCAGCCGUGGAAUCGAGCUCAGGGGACGACGAGGAAGAUGAUGACGAUGACGAAUACGAACAUUGUACAUCUCCAAGGCCCACCAAAUCCUUGCCAGGCGCCGCAGAAGUUCAUCAGGAGCAGCAACAACAGCGGGAGGAUCAGCAUCAAAAAUCUUUGCUAUCAACUAACGAUGCUUCCGAGGACGAGCAGUUCCUUACACAGGCCGAGAAGCUCUUGAAUCAGCUAUACGGAAAAUCCUGGCAGACUCCCGAUGUGAUACGCACCCUGAAGCGUUCCAGUGGCAGCGGCGGCAAGACGGCCCCCCUGAAGCCGAGGAACAUUCAUUUUCCCACAGCCGCCAAAACCAUUGAGAAAAAGAAGGAGCGCCCUGCACCACGUGUGCAGCAGCCAAAUGAGAGUGUCCUUGCUGAUUUUAGCCAAUUUAAGCGGACGCUGCACUCCAAUGCGACCCCAUUGAACUCCACUCGCUUGCCGCAGCGUGCCGUUCAAACUGAAAGACGUCCCCGUGCCGCCCGGCCACAACGUCCGAAGACGCCACAGCGUCCGAAGACACCACAGCGCCCACAGCCACGCACCAAUCAUGUGGAUGAGGAUCGCUGGCGUGCCUUAAUUGACUCUGACAGCGGGACAGAUGCCUCCGACGACGAGGAUGCGGAUGCAACCUUCAGCGGCAGCGAAAGUAGCAGCGAUGCCGAAAACAAUGGAAUGGGCGAUAUUACCUAUUUGGAUUUAACGAAGGCCGAGGUGGAGGUAAUCAGCAACCCCGACGAAGAUGACGAUACUCAAUCUCCCAAAAAUCAUCGACGCCUUGACGAUAUUCUCCGUUCUUGCCGCGCUGGUACGAAAGCCAGGCUCCCUGCAACGCCAAUAGAACAAGCCACAACACGACGACGGCUGUUCAAGCCAAACAUUGGCUACGAGGACGAAAAGGAGGCGGAAGCGAUUGUGAGUAGAGCACGUGAACUGGAUAUGCUGGAGGAACUGGAGAACGACUAUCUACCGGGCACGCCCGUCUACAAGCGCCUGCAAGAGGUGAAGAAGGACAUGGGAAUUGGGAAGAACACCCAAGUAACGCCCAAGGCCAGCCCCAUUCUGAAGCUGUUGGCACCACAAACCGCACCCCCGAAAGCGAUCGCCAGAAAAAUGAAAGAGCAACCAAAGAGGAUCGAGGGCAAAUGCAGUUUCCUAAAAUCGUUGGAGGGAGAGGUCAGCCGCGAGUGCAGCGACAAGGAGGCCCUCUUCUAUCGGGAGAACUUUGCCAAGAACAAGGAACAGCUGGCCGAGCGACUCUAUAAGAUGUUCAAUGCGGACGUCUUCAACAAUGAGCUGGACGUGCCAAUCACAUGGUCGAAGCGGCUGCGCAACACGGCUGGACGAUGCCUGAAUAAGAGAAAUGUAAAACUCGCCAAACGCAUCAGCACGAUCGAGCUUAGCGUAAAGGUGCUGACCACAGCUGACAGACUCCGAUGUACGCUCAUCCACGAGCUUUGCCAUGCCGCCACCUGGGUGUUCAACAAUGAGGGUGGACACGGCCGUGUGUGGAAGAACUGGGCCCUUCGCGCCAACAAAAAGUAUCCAGAGCUGCCCGCCAUCACUGUCUGCCACAGCUACAGCAUUGAUUAUAAGUACACGUACAAAUGUGAGAGCUGCAAUCUUGACUCGCACUCUCACUCCAGAUCUCGCAAAGUGGAGAAUCUCCGCUGUCGUAUAUGUCGCGGCCCCGUCGUUCUGCUGCUGAACAAAAAGGACAAGUUUGGCAAUACCGUGUCGAAGCCGGCGGGCGAGGCCAAGGGCUUUGCUAAGUUUGUUAAAGAUAAUUUUAAGAAGUACAAGCAGGCCAAUGUACCACAUAAGGCGGUCAUGAGUCUUUUGAGUGCGGCAUAUGCCAAGCAGAAGGGCGAAGAGCAUAAAAAGGAUAAAGAGAAUGUGGCGUCAAUCGCCACACUGACAUUAGAUGAUUAGUUCCUUAACCUAAUCUAGCAGGAGACUAGACAUACAUACAUAUAUGUUUUGAAUGUAUAU